CCGCGUCCUUGCCUAGCUACGAGAAAGCGUCGCUCCAUGGUCGCUACGGGGAGAGGGAUGGGUCGGUUGUAGUUAGAAGACACUUUUGUGCACUUUCCCCACGCAGUUAGCAGAGCUUACUAUCAUGGCAAAUUGCGGGAAACGAUUCUCGGUCGUUUCGUCAACGGCUUUACCAAGUUUUGACGUUUGUACAUUCAUGUUUUGGUGCUGUUAGUGCAUUGCAUCUAUCUUGGCAUGACCGAUAAAGAUUAGUUAGCAUGCUAGCGAGCUAGCCACACAUCCUCAGCAUCACAUAGCGACCACGCCUGCCAGUGACAGUGUGGUUGCAGGUACCUAGGCAGACAUGGGCAAACUACAGAGCAAAUUUCGCAAGAGGUCUGAGCUCUACAGGGCAUCUCAGGGGGAGAAGGCAGAUAACACCUUUGACAGUCAGGUGGUACAGUAUGAACUUGCACAUCAAGGAUCCGUCAACACUGUCACCAAUCUCAGCCCAGAUCUGUGUGUUUCUGGUGGGAAUGACAAGGCUGUGGUGGUGUAUGACUGGAAACAAGGCCGGAUGUGUCAGUCCUUCCAGGGUCACAACCGAGAGGUUACCAAGGUGGUGUGUUAUCCAGGCAGCACAUGGAUCUUUAGUGCCUCACGGGACAAGACUGUUCUGAUGUGGGACCUAAACCAGGGGGACGAACCUAUUCAGGAAUUUUGUGGGCAUGAGUUGGUGGUCAAUGGAGUAGCUAUCAGUCCUGAAGGGAGAAAGCUGUGCACGGGUUCCCGUGACAACUGGAUGUGCCUGUGGGACAUAGAAUCAGCAAAAUGUGAACAGAGACACAACAUUUCUAGAAACCUGGUGACUCAUGUGUGUUGGGUGCCAGGCAGUUCCUCUAUAGUCCAGACCUCUGAGGAUAAGACCAUAAGGGUGUGGGACAGCCGUGCAUGGCAGGUGACCAAUACUUUUCCAGCCAAGCAAUACAUCCAGACCCACUGUGACGUUUCUCCAAAUGGCAACUACUUGGUGUCCAGCAGCAACGGCUUUGGAGGCCAGGGCUGUGAAGCCACGCUCUGGGACCUGCGUCAGCCUGGCUGUAAGGUAGUGGAGUACAGAGGCCAUCUCCAGACCACAGCCAGCUGUGUGUUUCUGCCUACGCCUCCUGGUGGCGCAGCUCAGGUAGCAACGUCCUCCCAUGACAGCUCCGUCAAAAUCUGGGACCAGAACACAGCAGUCUGUUUAGGGACAUUGUCUCUGGAUGGCGCUGGUCCACUGAUUGCUCUGGCUCCCACCGACUCCUCCAGUCUGCUCUGUGCCAGUUUCAACAACGGCCUCCACCAAAUUCAGAUGAGCCAGGGAUCAAACCAGGCUCAGGGCUCUGGGGCAGGUUCAGGUGGCGCUGGUGGCUUGGACAUUAAAGUUGUGGCGCGCUUCUGACAGCCCAGAUGAGCCUGGUGUGUCCUGACCUGACCUGUGAACAUCCACUAGCACAGUGAGCAGUAUGACUGGAUGUGGACGUUUUUUUGUUUAUUUGUUUUUUUACAAAUUUACUUAUUUCUGCUUUACUAGACUGCCAUACAAUAAAGAAAGACAGAAGUGAUUAGUGAGGAUAAAAUGAUGGGAUAAUAAUGAUGUACAUUUCACAAAGUAUGCACCUUUGUGCAGCAGAGCCAUCUGGAUGUGCAUCAUAUCUCUUCCUCUGGGAGGCUGGUCUGUAGAGCAAAUCACCCAUUAAUUGAAAGGACUAUUCACACCUAAACUGAUCUUGCUUGGAACGCUGCCUUCGUGGACCUAGCCAGAUGACUUGGGGAUUACUCUCAACUUUCUACUUCAGCUAGGUGGGACUGACUGGAUGCUUCUUGCACUCGUUGCAUUGCUUUUAUUGUCAGUGCCGACUACAACUUCACGGGAUAUCUGAAUUCUGGUAGUGAAAAGGAACUGAAAAUCAUCACCUAUCUGGUGAGGUGUUUACUUAUCAUGAGUCUCAAGCGAAAUAGAGUUUUAUACUACUAUACUAUUUUCUUUUCCUGGAUAUAAUUUAGGAAGUGCAGUCAGACUUGAAGUCCUGUUUGUCAAACACUUGAUAAUUGUUUUUAUCACCAAAACAGAGUAAUGAAGAACAUGUAUGUUGUUAAUAAUGUAACCGUUCAUUAGUUGGUACUGUUGCUUUAACCUGUCAAGUGUUAGACCGAAUGAAUACCUGACACAGGGCUGUAUAAACAUGCUUUGUUUUUAGGUAGAGUUCGACCGAUAAGGAUUUUUAAAGAUACAGAUUCCAAUAUUUUUGAACUGAAGCUGCCAAUCGCUGAUGUUUUGUGCAGUUUUCCAACAUAUUUGAAUUUGAAAAUCACUAUGCAAGAGGAAUCCCAGAGUAAUUCCCUGUUUAAAUUCUUUUAAUAUACAAAUGGGAAUAAAAAAUAUUGAAAAAGCAAAACAAAGCUGCUCCGCGGCCUGUCAACAUGAAACAUGCUAGUUACUUCAGAUAGUGUUGGAUCAGCAUUGUUUUUAAAAUGAUGUGGCUACCAUGCUAUUAACACAGAUAUUGAACUACUUUGUUAGAAUUAACAAUCCAAACAUACUGUAGUUUAAGCAGCAAAUGCUAAUGUUAAUAUUAGCAGCCUUAAGUGAGCGAGUUUGGCAGCACAUUGCAUUCCUACCUGAGUAGAUAAGUAUCAGGACGUGAGAUAACCACUGUUGACACUUAAGUUUAGUACUGAUUACUUUGUCAACUUCAACUGCUUUAAAGUUACAUGAUUGACCUUUUGUCUGUAGGUUUCCUGGUGACCAUCUUUCCCCCAAAAAUGUGUAAGUCAAAGUUUCUCAGGGCUAAGACUAAAUCCAUUUAGAGAAUUCUCUGCAACUAGAGGAUAGAGGUUGACAAAAGUUCAGGAGGAGGGUCACUGGUUGAGAGCUAAUGCACUCUCAAGUGGUUCCAAAUGUACUUAACAUGAAUAUUAAUGUGAAGGCACGAGGAUGCAUUGUUGAACAGAUGUUAAACAGUGAGAGAAUUUCACAGGUUAGAGUUGAAAUUCAAUGGGAAAACUCAGUCAGCUGUGAUGUGUGGCUUUGCCAUACGGUGCUAAGGAGUCCACAUUCAAUCAGACAUUUUGUAAGAAUUUACUGUCGUCACUCUAAACAUCACCAGUUGAUUCAAUUUUAUCUCUGUUUGUUUGAUACGUUAUGAAUAAGCAAUAAAUGAGGCAUUUUAUAAUGUCUGAGGAGUAAA